AUGACGAACCCCGGCUACGAAACCCCCUUUUGGGCGGAUCUUGAUGCCUGUGAGCGCGCAAUCGCCGACGAAAAGCCGAGUCCAUUAAGAGUUGCGACAUACAAUGAGAACUUCCGGGAAAAUACCCUAUAUCUAGGGAAUCGAUACAAGGACAAUAGCGUGAAGCACAGUCAAAGCUUUCAUGGAGAUGGCUUGCUCACAGUCCCCAAGAGACGAAAGGUUGAGAUGCAAUCGGGGAAAGAGAACGUGAGGACAUUUCAACACAACCAGACACUGAGCACUCGAAGCAGACGAAACAUGUAUACGCCCGGGAAUUGGGCACAAAACGAUAGUCCACCUCGACUUUUGGGAGUCACACCUUUGCCACAGCUAUCGGUCAGGAAGAAAAGACAAGCACACACACACGCAAGAGUACAGCCUGACCAGAACCGCUCGCUAUCCCCCUUCUCAAUCAAUACUCUGCCGGCGGCAUAUGAGAUGCGGCGUCCUGGAAAGGCCCGCUCCCCUUUGACCAACCUAUACGACAGAGACUCUAUGCACAGAGAAGAGCUACCGCUUAUUUCUCAUGCAAAAGGCUGGACUGGGUAUCCUUUGCCUCCUGACAACAAUCUGCAACUACCGCCGAUCAAAAGUCUCACCACCUUACCACCUGAGAACCAAUCCGAGACCAACGGCCUUCGUGACUUGAACGUCCAAAUCCUACCAACAGAAAAGUCGUCGAUCAUUCGCAUCCUGCAGGAGCAGCCUUUCCCCCUCGACCGCCUCGACCCUGGUCCCAGUAUAUGUCUUUUGGUCAAAGUAGGAGUCCAUGUUGCCAAGGAUAUGCAAGAAGAGAGACAAGAAUGUCCGCAGAAAGAGAUAGAUAACCUGAUAGAGGCGCUUGAGCAAGAGCUUGGAGACUCUACCAUAAGCUAUAUGACAGUGCGAUUGUCAUAUCGCCCUUCAGCAUUUCCCGAAUGGCAGGAUGUUGGUAAUGUGGGUGACGCAAUGUUCACUACACAGAGCAAGAUCGAGACAGUGGCUACGGCCUCUGUAAAAUUGCACAAUGCCAUGUCGCUUUGGUCCCCUACGCCAGUGCUUCAGUCCAACCCAUUGCUUCCUCUGAUCGAGAGACACUAG